AUGGCCGGCAUGUGUGACUUUACCUGCAAUUCUGGCUUCGACAAGCAAGGCGGUACUUGCGUGUGAGUGCCAGACCUCUCAGUGAACGAAGCUCGGAAUGAUGCAACAGCUGACGGCCUCUGCAUCGUGGACCGCAGCUCUACGUGUAAUCCGUAUCGAUGCCCCGAGAUUCCCGUCUCUGGCGUUGUCUUCUGCAAUGUGGAGGGUGCUUGCGACUUCACCUGCUCACUCGGUUCUGCGAGGCAGGGUGACAUCUGUGUUUCAACCCAGUAAGUCAUGCGCCGGAACAACGAUUCGGACUGCACACAAGCUGAUGGGCUGCUUCUCGACACUCAUCGCCAGGACUGGCUGCAUUCCAAGCGGUUGCAUUGGAACCUGCCGCGGCAACGUAUGCGUCAUGGGCUGCCCCAAUGGCUACACUAAUCAGAACGGGGUCGGAAACUGCGUGCCCAUCGGGUGAGUAGAUGACCCCUGAUGCCUGAACCAAACCCCGACUGCGCGCAAGCUGACGCACAACAUCUCGACGGUGCUUCGGACAGGUCUGGCUGCAAUGUGGCCACAUGCCCGACGGUCCCCAACAGUGUCAGCGUCUGCACAGUGUCCGGGUGUGACUUCGUCUGCAACUCACGCUAUACCAAGCUGGGUGGCGCCUGUUUUGCGAUCCUGUGA